AUAAUUCCAGAAUACCCCUAUUUUUGUCCUCUUUCCGUCCUUAGGACUUUAUCCACCAGCGAUGAUGUUGAGGACCGAGAGACUGAGAAAGGCCGCCUGGAAGAAGCUUAUGAGAAAUGUGACCGGGACUUGGAUGAGCUCAUUGUCCAGCACUACACGGAGCUCACCACCGCCAUCCGCACCUACCAGAGCAUCACGGAGCGCAUCACCAACUCCCGCAACAAGAUCAAGCAGGUGAAGGAGAAUCUGCUGUCGUGCAAGAUGCUGCUGCAUUGCAAGCGGGAUGAGCUGCGCAAGCUGUGGAUUGAAGGGAUUGAGCACAAACAUGUCCUGAAUUUGCUGGAUGAGAUCGAGAACAUCAAGCAAGUGCCUCAGAAGCUGGAACAGUGCAUGGCCAGCAAGCACUACCUCAACGCAACGGACAUGCUGGUGUCAGCGGUGGACUCCUUGGAGGGUCCCCUUCUUCAGGUGGAGGGGUUGAGUGAUCUGAGACUGGAGCUCCACAGUAAGAAGAUGAACAUGCACUUAGUCCUGAUAGAUGAACUGCACCGUCAUCUUUACAUCAAAUCAACCAACCGAGUAGGACAACGCAACAAGGAGAAAGGGAGAAUAAGUUCACUUGUGAAAGAUGCCUCUCCUGUACCUCUUAUGGAUGUUACUAACUUGUCUACGCCUCGGAAGUUCCUUGAAACUUCGCAGUUCAGUAAUCCUGGAAGCUCCAGCAUGCGAGAAACAAGCCUUCUGGAAAUUAAAGAAGAUACGGACCUGGAUCCAGAGGAGAACAGCACCAUCUUCAUGGGCAUACUUAUCAAAGGGCUGGCCAAGCUGAAAAAAAUCCCCGAAACGGUCAAAGCCAUCCAGGAUCGCUUAGAGCAAGAACUCAAGCAGAUUGUGAAGCGGUCCACAACCCAGGUGGCAGACAAUGGUUACCAGAGAGGGGAGAAUCUCUCCCAGGAAAAUCAGCCUAGGUUGCUGCUGGAGCUGCUGGAGCUUCUCUUUGACAAGUUCAACGCUGUGGCUGCUGCGCAUUCUGUUGUCCUCGGACACCUUCAGCAAACAGUGGCCUCUCCUUGCAGCCAGUAUGAUGGUGAUAUCAAGCUCUAUGACAUGGUUGAUGUGUGGGUGAAGAUCCAAGAUGUCUUGCAGCAUGAGAAUUUCUGUGAAAGUUUAUGGUCCAGGAAGAGUGUCAUCUUCCUGAAUCUAGGAACGGAUGAGAUUAUUUUGCAGGAAG